UUAAAUAUUAUCAAUUGGUUUAUUAUUUCAUUUAUUUUAUAUUUUAUUUAAACAUUUUUGAAAUGUAAAAAUCUUAUCUAAUUGCGAUACCUACUUGAUGGAUUGAAUUGAAAUAACCUUCAGCACACAAUUUACUUGAUUACGAGUAAACAUCCAUUCGUGGAUUGCAUUUCAAGUAUACAUUUUUCAAGUCGUUUAACGAAAAUUGUAUUAUAUGUAGUUUAAAAUAAUUUCAGUGAUAAUAUGUUUGCAGUUUUUGUGGCUUUAGUUUUAAUUGUUGCCAGCUGGCUGGCGUAUUUAUACAAAGACAUUUAUUGGGCCAGGAAAAAAUGCGAUUGGAUGCCUCACGCACCUGCAUGGCCUUUCAUUGGUGGUAUUCUGGAAUUCGGUGGACAUACAAGAACAAUAGAUGACAUUGGAAGACUGCUAAACAACCCUAGCAAACUAUGUUUCCUGCAAAUCGCCAACCAUUGGCACAUCAUGGUUAAAAAUUACGAUCUAAUGGAAUUCGUCUUGUCUUCCAACACGAUUUUGGAUAAAUCCUCGGAAUACCGGUACAUAGCUAACUGGCUAGGAACUGGAUUACUGACAGCGCCUGGCUACAAAUGGAGACAGCGUAGGAAAAUUAUAACUCCGGCCUUUCAUUUUUCCAUUUUGGAACAGUUUGUUGAGAUUUUUGAAGCUAAUGCCACAAUUAUGGUUAGUAAACUGGAACGUGAGGCUCUGGAUAAAGAGAGUGUUGAUAUUUAUCGUUAUAUUACGGCUUAUGCUUUGGAUACAAUUUGUGAAACUGCAAUGGGAGUAAAAAUCGAUACACAAGACAACAAAAACCAAGACUACGUAUUCGCAGUCAAAGACGUGUCAAGAAUUACACUGACCAGAGCGUUUUCAGCUUGGCGAGGCAUCGAUUUUCUUUUCCAGUUUAGUCAAGACUACAAAAACCAACAAAAAAACUUGAGUAUUUUACACGGUUUUACAAAGUCGAUUAUUGAUAAAAGACGUCAACUUUUAAAUGAAAUUAAACCAAAUAAUGAGGACAAAGAAAAGGAUGUUUUUGGACGAAAACGUAAAAUGGCUUUUUUGGAUUUGUUACUUAAUGCUACGACAGUUGAUGGUCAGCCAUUAAGUAUGGAGGACAUAAGAGAAGAAGUUGAUACAUUUAUGUUUGAGGGCCACGACACCACUGCAUCUGCUUCAUCGUUUGCAAUUUAUUUGUUAGCUAACCAUCCAGAAGUACAAAAACUAGCAAGAGACGAACAAAUUGAAAUCUUUGGCAAAGACAAAGAAAAAACGGUUUGUUAUCAAGAUUUGCAAGACAUGAAAUAUUUGGAGCUCGUUUUGAAGGAAACUUUAAGAAUUUAUCCUUCAGUGCCGUUUGUAGGACGAAUUACUAAUGAAGAACUUAAUUACAAAGGUCAUAUUAUACCAAAAGGUACCAUCCUGAUGUUGCAUCUUUACGGGAUGAAUCAUGAUCCUGACUAUUUCAAAGAUCCUGAAGAAUUUAGGCCAGAAAGAUUUCAAGAUUUGUCUGGAAAAUAUCCAUAUUCUUAUAUUCCUUUCAGUGCUGGACCACGAAAUUGUAUUGGUCAAAAAUUUGCUAUGUUAGAAAUGAAGAGUAUAGUAUCGAAAGUAUUGAGGAAUUUCGAAUUGUACCCAACAAAUCCACCUCAUAAACUGGUGCUAUCUGCUGAAGCUGUACUGAAAUCGUUGAAUGGUGUAAAUAUUAGACUGAAGAAAUACAAUUGGGCACAGAAUUGAAUACUUUUUAUGUCAAACAUUAUCUAAUAAAAUUUAUACAAGAAAUUCCUAUAAUUA